AUGGCGUCCCCCGCCACGGCCUUCACCACCACCGCCUCCAUCGCCUCCUGCCACGGCCGCCUCCUCAAGCUCUCCCACCGCUCGUCCGCCACCCAGACCCCCAUGGCCCUCAACCUCUUCCUCCCCCCCGCCGCCUCGCCCUCCAACCCGGCCCCCCUGCUCAUCUUCCUCUCCGGCCUGACCUGCUCGCCCGACAACUGCGCCGAAAAGGGCUUCCUGCAGGCCCACGCGUCGCCGCUCAACCUCGCCAUCCUCUACCCCGACACGUCCCCGCGCGGCACCCGCCUGCCCGGCGAGCACGCCGCCUGGGACUUUGGCGCCGCCGCCUCCUUCUACCUCGACGCCGAGCGGCCGCCCUGGCGCGCCCACUACCGCAUGGAGACGUACCUGGCCCGCGAGCUGCCGGACCUGCUGUUCCGCCACUUCGCCCAGCUCGACGGGUCGCGCGUCUCCCUGGCCGGCCACUCCGUCGGCGGCCACGGCGCCCUGACCCUGUUCCUGCGCCACCCGGGCCGCUACAGGAGCGUGAGCGCCUUCGCCCCCGUCUGCAACCCGUGCGAGUGCCCGUGGGGGCAAAAGGCCUUUGCGGGGUACCUCGGCGACGACCGCGACCGGUGGAGGCAGCACGACGCGACGGAGCUGGUGCGCCGGUGGGACGGGCCGCUCAACUGCCUGAUUGACGUUGGCACCGAGGACCAAUUCUACAAGGCCGGCCAGCUGCUCCCCGAAAACUUUGCCAGGCAGGUCGAGGCGGCUGGCAUCGACGGCGUCAAGAUCCGCUACCAAGAGGGCUACGACCAUUCGUACUUUUUCGUGUCGACCUUUGGCCGAGACCACGUCCUGCAUGCGGCCAAGGCGCUGGGCCUGGUGUAG